GGUUGUCUUCAUCUAUGGUUACAUUGAGCUGUCAGAAGCCUUGUUCUAUGGUUGUCAUUUACGGGAAACAUAGCCUAGUUUUAGUGUUAUUUAAACAUUAAGCCGAAAAAAUGCUUUUCUACUCAUUUUUCAAGUCCCUGGUGGGAAAGGACGUGGUGGUGGAGCUGAAAAACGAUCUGAGCAUCUGUGGGACGCUGCACUCAGUGGACCAGUACCUCAACAUAAAGUUGACCGAAAUUAGCGUCACCGACACGGAGAAGUAUCCUCACAUGUUGUCAGUGAAAAACUGCUUCAUCAGAGGCUCAGUUGUAAGAUAUGUGCAGCUGCCUGGGGAUGAAGUGGACACACAGCUAUUGCAAGAUGCAGCCAGGAAGGAGGCAUCUGCCCCAACGCGAUAGUGUUAAGCAUUCCAGCAUUGAUUGAGCGAAAGGAUUACGAAGGACUUAUCAAGGGGCCCACCAAAUCAUACAAAUUAAGUUUAAGUUGUUUUUGAAAUAUUUUAUUUAAAAUAUACUUAAUAAGAUCUAGGCAGUAUUAAACACUAUAUUUGGCAUAAGUCAUAGUCCAUCACAAUUAAUAAUUCGACCAGAUUUCAUCCUAAGGUAGACUUAAGGGGAAACGAAAGGUUUCGGAUAUUUAUACAUACAAUAAAUAAGUGCCAGUGUGCAAGGCA